CACAUCAGCAGCAGCAACAUCAGCAGCAUCAACAACAACUUAUACAACAACAACAACAACAAACACAACAACAGCAACAACUCAUGCAAUCACAACACCCACUUGGCCCACUGGGCUCUUCCCAGCAAGCGGCUCAGUUCUAUCCGAAUUCUCAAGUAGCAGCUACUGCUGCCCUUAACCGUCUCACUCAAGCUCAACAGCAGGCUCAUCGCACUGGCCAGCCACCUCUGUCUGGUCCCGGAUCAAUGUCGCCAGCAUUCGCCAACCCCCUGUCACAGGACCAAAUCCGAUCUUUCCUCGCCGAUUCUGCAAACAACCCUUCCAACUCCCAUUCCAGCGACACUUCUCAUGACCCAUCUUCAAUUCCCAUGGGGCGAUUGCUACCUAACCAACAAAAUUCAUCCCAGCACGCGUUCUCCCCUCAGUCAACCCUCCCCGCUGAGCAAAAUAAACUGAUGGCUACUAUCAGCGCCGCUAAAACAGGUCGUUUACCCAACGAACUGAUUGAUGUCCUGUUUGAAAAAGUUGGCGCUGACGUUUUUCGUGCUGCUGGGCUCGCUCAUUUUUUGGACGAAGCAGGGAACUUGGUCUAUCCUCCGCCAGACCCCCAAAAUCCUCAGCAGACUCAACCUAGGCUCAGAAACACGGAUCUUCCGCCUAAUUCGAUGGGCCCUGUUGGUGGAAUUGCUGCCCAAACCACGUCGACUCAGCUGUCUAGUGUAUCGGCUAGUCCUUAUCCAGCGCCGCUCACUUCAUCUGGUCUUCCGCCCAGUUCAAUCACUCCCCAGCCGCCUCCUUCACAUACUUCUGCACCGCACUCUCGCCAACCAUCCCAGCUACAACCUACUUCAAACCACUCGCAAAUUCUGCAUCAGCAAGCUUUCUCGCAUCCUGCUCACACUCUCCCACAACAACAACAACAACAGCCGCCACCACCGCAGCAGCAACAGCAGCAACAACAACAGCAACAGCAACAACAACAACAACAACAACAACAGCAGCAGCAGCAGCAGCAGGCACACCAGCAGCUGCAAGCUCAGCAACAACAAACCCUCCAUCUCCAACAGCAGCAGCAGCCCCCACAUCAUUUGCAACAGCAAUCACAAGGGGGCUCAAAUCGUUUGGCCCACCCUCAGUCGCAGAUGCAUACUUCGAAACUGCCAGAGAUUGAUGAGGCGGCGCUGCUCAGCAUGAAACGACAGUUGCACAGCCUGCAGCAGUUCUUAAACCAAGUCAAUUAUCUCCAGCGUUGCUUGUCUGACAAUAUAAUUCUUCCAACCGAUGCUCAGCCGCAUUCAAGGCCGAUGUCCGCAGAGGAAAAAACGCAUUUUGAAGCAGAUCUCAUCAAAGCUCGCCUUCAACAUUCUCACCUCACCAAUCAACUUAGAGUAAUGGUCGACCAACAGGGGGGUAAAGACCUCUUGAACUUUUUAUUAAAAAGCUUUCCAGGUGGCCUUGGUCUAGGCCCGAGCGCAAUGCCACCCAAUCCCGGUGCCAUUCUACCUCAAAAUCAGCAAACACGGCCACACUCGUCUAACGCCCAUCAAGCGCCUGGUACACGGCAGAUUCUAUCUCUUCCUGGCCACCAGCCUCACUCGAUCAAUCAGCACCAGUCACAGCAUCCGCACCACCUUGGCCCAGGGCAGCAGCAGCUUACCGAACUUCAUCAAACCUCACCUCAUCCAGGUCCUGCCAUUCAACCAAAUCAAAAACAACAAGUUCACCCACAACUCCAACAGCAAUCCCAGCAGACCCAUGGAUCUCAUCAGACCGCCCCCAUGUCGAGCUUCCCUACAGCUGUUACACCUCAGCAACACGCCCGGCAAAUUUCCCAAGGUGCCGGUGGGCAAAUGCCUUUUAGUAGUCCGAUGACCCACCCCGCUUCAACAUCAAACACUACCGAACACCACGCGCGCUUCCAAAAUCCACAGGUGCAGCCAAACUUGCUCCGUGUGGAAAGUCCCCGACAGGGCGGUCCCGGACAUACCCAACCCCCUCGUCCCCCAUCAGCCGUCCAACCUACAGGUUAUCCAUCCGCUUCCCCCCAUUUGACCCAAGGCAAUUCUCCAAACAAUGCAGCUCUCAAUCAACCCCCUGCACUUUCCAUGGGUAGUCUCUUGAAUGGAGUUACACAUGAAAAGCUCAUCUCGGCGAUCAGGGAGAAUGUAACGCGCAAGGGGGCUGUCUGGAAUGGACAGCCUGGUUUUCGUGGAAAAGAAAUAGACUUGUGCAAGCUGUUCACCACAUGCGUUACUUCUGGUGGUUUCGAUCGCGCCACGGCUAAUGGAUCGUGGGGGGGCAUCGCAAUGAAAAUGGAUAACAGCAUCAAUCGAUCUGACAACAAUGAGGUGCAAGGUGCCGGCAAUGAGCUCUGUGAUAUAUAUCGAUCCUUUUGUCUUGAUAUAGAGUAUGCCUUCGUGAACAUGCUUAAGCGUAAUCCGCCAUACCAUAUUGGCCAAACUCUUUCACAACCUGCCAAUCAGCAGGUUGCUCAAACUCCAACCGCCUCAAACCAUUUGACUCCUCAACCGCAGUUCCCUCAAGCAGACCACCCCGGUGAGCAGCGAUUACAACAAGGUCAAAUUGAUGGGCAGGCACAUCAUCACCCACAUGCCAAGCCUUCAAACCAACUCGAGGUUAUCGAUAAGGAACCGCACGGCCCUGCUCAUCCUCAUGGUCAGCUACACCAUCAACUUCCACCGCAACGGGCCAACAUACAUCCCAACCAGCCAUCCACCAUGCAGCGUGAUUUUAUGCAAGCGAAUGUAUUUGUUCCACCUGCCGCCAAUCAGUCGGAAAAUCGUCAAUUGCCAGUCCCUCACACUCGCGUCGGGGGUGCACCGACUUUUACGCAAAUCAUGGCCAUGUCUGAUGAACAACUUCGCAAAUUGCCAAUUCCCGAAGACCAGAUCAACAAAAUUCGGCAGGCUCGUGCCCAGAGUCAACAUAAAUUUCCUUCGCAAAAUACUGGAUUGCCUUCGCAUCUACCUACUCAAGUAACUCAACCUCGUCCUCCUCCUGCCACAGCUGUCCCCGGAUGGGUUGGCCCCACUUCUGCUAUGGAAGAAGGGAUACAAAUGUUCGGACCUGAGAUGCCCGGCAACGUACCCGUCCACUCCGCCUUGACUGGUAUUCCCAUUACUAAAAUAAAUGAAGCAAGCGCGGCUAUUGCUGCGAUCCGGCCAGAGUGUGUGCCACAAGCUAAAACCUUGUGGUCGAGAUAUAAGCAGCCCAUGACCCGAGAGUUAAGCCACGCCGAAAAGGAGCAAUACAAAAGCAGCAUGGAUGAAAUGUCUGUCAUGGUACAAAAUGUAACGUCGCGUCUACCGGAGUAUCUUGCCACGGGGGGGAGAGUCGAUCAAGCUCGAACCAUUAUUGCUUUCAUUCUGGUGUUCCAUACGGCCUUGGCUUCGCUCCGAAACAACGACUUCUAUAUGGGACAAUCGGAUAUACUUCAUUUGCGUGGCAGCAUUGAAGGAUCGAGAACUCUCAUAGCUAGUCACUUCAAUAGCCUCACCUCACCCCCUCAGGUACGGCCUCCCUCGCAGCAACAACAAUCACACCCUCUAUCCCAACUACUUCCUCCAUCGCAAGAUCAGCAGCAAUUGCAACAGCAACAGCAGCAACAGCAGCAAUUGCAACAGCAGCAACAGCAGCAGCAAUUACAGCAGCAGCAGCAGCAACAACAACAGCAGCAACAACAACAACAGCAGCAGCAGCAGCAGCAGCAGUCGCAACAACAAUUGCCCAUGCAGCAGCAGCCAAUUCCACAAUCGUAUCAGCAAUCACAAUUCCCAUCGCAGCCACAGGCACAAUUUAAUGAUACAUCCAAUCCUGCUUUGGCCCAAGCUGUGCAGCCUCCCCAACCAAUGGCGCAGCACCCCCACUUCAUCGAACACGUCAAAUCGCGUUUGAAGGUCGAAGAUCUGAAACAACCCCCCUCUAAACGUAUGCGACCCAGUACUUCGCUUGUGACCAGUCCUGAUCGCUUACAAGGUGCUGGGGGUCCUUCGCCGCCAGCACAAGAGAUACCACAGCAAGGUUUGGAAGCCUCUCCGGUGCAGCAUCCAAAUGAGUUAACAUCGCCUGUUGGCAAUAACCCUAAAUCGCCUGGUUCGAAAGGGCCUGGGAAACGCAACCAGUCCGCGGUAGGUCCUAACAAACGCACGGCACGCAAACCAUCCACCCAAACUGGUCGAUCGACGAAACCCUCUCAUCAAAUCAUGGCCGAAGUCAAAGCUGAACAUGCUGCUGCCAAGGCAAAGCGAGAAGCUGAAAAGUUGGAGCAAACCCAGGGUGGCAAACCUAACACACCCUCGGUUCUACUUGAAUCCAAUGGAAACCAACCCGACGAUGCGGCCAAGUCGGCUCUUCCUGAAAAUGCUACCUCACAGUCUGAUACCUCACCCAUAGGCACCUCUGCACCUGCAACAUCCUCGGUACCCGCCCCAUUUAACCCUCAAUCAGCAGUAGUACAAAGCGAGAAACCUCCGCAGGUUCAAGUGGAAGAUCUUCUGAAAGAACUUAGCGACUCCAUCUCUAGUGGCCCACAGGGAAGCACGAGCACAAACACAUUGGACGAGGAUGGUUGGCGUGGAUUCAUGGCCGACCUCAAGUUCCCAAUUGCUGGUGAAGAUGACGAGGGUAGUCGACCGCGAGAUGAUGAGCUAUUGGGUUCGUGGCUCUUUGAUGACGCCCUUGCCAACUCCAAAGGCAGCCCUUGUUUCGGCGACGGUGGCUUUGACAUGAUGUACAUGGGUCCGACCAUGGCAAGAUUCAUUGAAUCCAAUUCAACACCCAAUUCAAAUGGAACAAAAGGUGAUCAAAGUAGGACCGAGGGUGGAACAGUUGAGAAAGAGAAAAUCGGCUCCCAAGAAGGAAUAGGUCCUACUCGUUGGAAGACCGAAUCCAUGAGCGAGUUUUUGUUUGAUACCAACCAAUCGGUCUUUGGGACUCAGGAAGAAACAUCUCCAACAGUUACGGGUGAGAGUCGGGUACAAAAUAGCUCAAAUGGACAAGGGUUUACAAACGGAGCGGCUACCGAGACACCCGAGUUUUCGCCGAGUAAGCUAUCUAGCGAUUCAACUCCCGAGUCUGUCUGUUCAACUGAAGGUCACUCUGGUAAUCCUAAACGUCUGUUGAACUCCCACUCAACUCAUACCAACCCCUCACAAGUAGCCAGUAAAUCAAUUGGAUCAAAUGACGGGCCCUGCUAUUCUAACGUUGACGAAGAGGACGCACUGUUGAUGUAUAUGAUGGGAUUCGAUGAUGAGAGUACAAUUGGCAUGCCUGCCAGCUCUGCUAAUGGAUCUCAGGCUGAUAACGAAAAGAAGCACAAUGGGAUCAGUCGGUUCAGGAUCAGAGAGGGUGGCAGUGGUGGGUUCACUGGAAUGGACAGUCGGAGCGGUUUGAGUGACGAAUUUUGGUCGAGGCCAUUUGUGACUAGUACGAGUUCUCAAGAAACCAAAGAUUCUCACAACACCACCAAAGUCGAUGCAAAAGCCAACCAAUUCUUGCCCUCACCAGCUGGCAGUGCAAACGAGGCUCGAGCGGUCAAUCCGAAAGCCGCCUCAAGUUCAAUAACUCAAAAUGUGAUGAAUGGAGUCCAGACCAGAGAGAACCAGGAAGCAGUCACGGUGAAAUGAAUGGAGCUUUUAAAAAAACUAACCUGUUUGAAAAUCCUCAUAUAUACAUAUAUUUAUUUAUUGAUGUGUGGAUGUUUAUAUAUCCGUUCGGUUCAUCGUUUUUUUUUCUUCUUCCUUUUCUUCGCUUUGUUGCAUUGUUUUGACUGAACGUUGAAAUGCUCACAAUGUGUGAAAGGUAUUUGAUGUAAAAAACAGUCCCAUGAUAUAUACAAAUCUUAAAAAACCUAAAUAAAACCAUAUAUUAUUAUAUCAAGACACCUUAUAGUUUAUCAAAAUUGUUCGCUAUGUUUUGUUCUUAUCUAUAUUUUGACAGGAAUUUCUGCACUCUUCUUUGUAUGAUUCUUGUUAUCAGUCUUAUUUCUUCUGUUUUCUUCCUCAUCAUCAUUCUCAUCACAUCUUUUUUUUGAGCUCAAAUAAAUCACAUGUCAUGUGCUUUUAUUUCAUUUCAUUUUAUUCUAUUUAUUCUUGUUGCUCUUUCUUUCAAUUCCAUAUAUGUCUUUCAACUGUUUCUAUGGUUUGCUUUUUGGGGAUUAUCAACAAACUAAAUUCUGUUUUAUUUUUGUGUUGAGGCUUGUAGUAAACCAUCAAAAUUCCACCAAAUCAAUUUCAAUUCCAUUUUCUUUUUUUUUUUUUGACACCAUUGCACCUACAUAGAGCCAUAUUCAUUUCCUCCUCCUCUGGUCAAUUUGCUUGCAUAUCAUACUACUGUUUACAUAAUGGUCAUUCUCAUAAGCAAUCAUGUACCUUUUCUUUUUCUUAUUCUCUCUCUCUCUCUCUCUUCAAAUCAAAUCUAUAUUGAGUUCUAAUUGAUUGGUUUCUUUGGUUAUUUCAAGUGUUUCAAAAUGCACACCUAUCAAGAGGUUUUUGUUUUUGCUUGUCAAACCAUGGGAUUGUGAGUUCAAAGGCUGGUUGUCCCCCAGGCCCCUGAUUCAGCACUUUCCAAGAAAUGGACACAUGUUAUCA